GCCCGCGCGCGCUCCCUCCCCUCCCCGGCACUGCAGCAGCCACGGACUGCAGCUCCAGCCGCCGCCCGCGUCUCUCCGGCUCCGCAGCGCCCGCCGCCGCCAGCACCAUGGCCAGCACCAUGUCGGCCUACAAGGAGAAGAUGAAGGAACUGUCGGUGCUGUCGCUCAUCUGCUCCUGCUUCUACACACAGCCACACCCCAACACCAUCUACCAGUACGGGGACAUGGAGGUGAAGCAGCUGGACAAGCGGGCCUCUGGCCAAAGCUUCGAGGUCAUCCUCAAGUCUCCUUCUGACCUGUCGCCGGAGAGCCCUGUGCUUUCCUCCCCGCCCAAGAAGAAGGACACCUCCCUGGAGGAGCUGCAGAAACGGCUGGAGGCAGCUGAGGAGCGGAGAAAGACGCAGGAGGCGCAGGUGCUGAAGCAGCUGGCGGAGCGGCGCGAGCACGAGCGCGAGGUGCUGCACAAGGCGCUGGAGGAGAACAGCAACUUCAGCCGCCAGGCGGAGGAGAAGCUCAACCACAAGAUGGAGCUCAGCAGGGAGCUCCGCGAGGCGCACCUGGCCGCGCUGCGCGAGCGGCUGCGCGAGAAGGAGCUGCACGCGGCCGAGGUGCGCAGGAACAAGGAGCAGCGGGAGGAGAUGUCCGGCUAAGGGCCCUGGACGCGGCGGUGGCGCCUGGACCCCGAGAGGAGACAAAAACACGUUCGGGUUUUGGUUUCGUUUUGUUCAACCUGUCUAGAUGCAACUUUUGUUCCUGCUCCCCUCCCCCACACUCCCGGCUUCAUGCUUUGCUUCCUGCGCCCAGAGCUGUCCGGUCUUUGUGGCGAGCUGGCCACGCUUCCCCGGCGGGGCCCCCAGGCGUGCGACGCGGCCUCAGUCCAGACGCCAGGCCGAGCCGUGGCCGGCGGUGGCCAGGGUCCCCUCGGGGCCGUUUCCGUGGGUGCGGUGGAGACCUAGACGCAGCGGAGCCACGAUUCAGGGGCCUGACGCUGGGCUGCCUGCUCAUCAGGAGGCAUGUGCUGCGAGCUGGCUGCCCACCGGACAGCAGGCAGGGGCUAGGCACCUGCGCGUCCUGUGGGGAGGGCUCCGCAUGGGGAGGGGAGUGGCCUUGGAGGAAAGCGCUGGGCUAAGAAUGACCACUGGGCAGGUGGGGUGGGUCUCCCUGUCACUGAGGCCGCCCUGGGCGCCUGGGUGCCAGGAACUUUUUGAAACUGGUGGGUGGGGGUGGGGGGCUGCGGCACUCUUUAAUGUGGUUGGUUGCACUGACCACCUGGCCUGAGAUGGGCACCCUGCGCCUUCCUGGGAGCCUGCACUCAUCUUACAGGGCUGGUGCAGGUGGAUGGGGUGGGGGGCAUGUCCUGGCCUGAGUCUGCUUGGAGUGGGCAUUCUCUGCCAGGGACCCAUGAGCAGGCUGCUAUGGUGGUCUAGAGGGUUGUGGGCAGCAUGGACGCCCCUGUCCCCCCCCCCACUUCGAAGAGCCCCUGGCCCAGGCACCUGUGUGGGACAGUCCCACCACCCCUUCCCCCAGGGCUUUGCAUGAGCCCUUGAAGACCUGUCCUCACAGCCCUUUGGAGUCCUGCCCCGUCCCUGCACUCUGCUCCCCUAGGAUGGUGCUCCUGGCCCGGGGUUCUCAGGCUGGCCUCCAGGCAGGUGUGGCAGGUGUGAGUGGCAGCUGCAAGUCCUCUUUAGAGACCCCCAAGAGGGAUUCUGCAGGACCAGCUGCCUGCAGAUUCCAAUGUCGGAAGGGCAGGGAGCAGGAUUCCCAAGCCAGCCCCUCACUACCCCUGGUCCAUUUUUGAAAUUCCUGGAGGGAGGGGCUGUGGGUUGGACACCUGGCCCUAGGCCUCCACUGCCAACAACCUCCUAGGCUGGGUUCCUGUCCCUCACCCCAGGGGCCUGCAGAUCCCCUAUGUUGGCCUUUGAGGAUGGUCACCCGCCUGGGUGAAAGUGAGCCUGUCUUUGUGCCACUGCAACACUCCCUUCUCCAUGGCAACCCCUCCCACAGAUGAACGUCAGGGCAGGGUCCCUGCUGCCCGUCUGCUUGGUGUGAAGUGUGAGGGGGACAGACAGACUCCAAGUGCUCUCAUGGCCCAGAGCCAGGGCCCCAGAAACCAGGUGGCUCCAGCCCCCGAGCCCUCAGCCUCCAUCCUACAGAAAUCCCAUGGCAGGGGCACUGCCAGGGGUCUUCUGGGGCCAAGCCAGAGAUCAUGGGUGGGUACUCCUCCCCUACAGUGGGCUUAGGGGUACUGCGCAGGGACCCACAGCCCCCUCUCUGUCCCCACCAACACAACCUCCGGAGGGAGCAACAAGCCAGGAUCGGAACCCAGCUGUGCUCACAUGUGCAUUUUGUGGGACGCAGAAAGGGAAGCAGAAAGGAAACCGAGGGUUGGAAUCUCGCGGCUGGUGGCAGCUCUCUCAUAGCAGAAGCCUAGUAUAAUAUGCACCCAUCUCAUCCACGUAGUGAACUUGAAAAUUAAAUCAAUGAACAAUUAAAGGAGAACCUGUGUGUUUAAGAAGUGGC